UUCCUUCCUCUCUCCUUCCUUCCACACUACACAACAUGCUGUGAUAAAUGAUGCCAAGGUCUGCCGAAGUCUACCGCUUCUUGCGGCCCGUUCUCCAACGAUCGAAUGUGAAAUCCUCAUAUACUCGCUACUUCUCUGCCCAUGUCACUUUGGCGUCGAAGAAACUCGUCAAGGAGUCUCCGACCGGCGACUAUGAGAAACGCGUUGCUCAAUUGCAAGCGAACGCGUCCUUGCAAGACUGCUGGCCACGUCUGCCACAGCGUCUCGAUGUCGCUAGAAUCUCCGUGAACGAUUUGAGAAAGAGCAGUGCAUUUUUAGAUAAUGGUGCCUCAAAGCUCGACGAUAAAUUUGUCGUCUCGGGCAGAGUACGUUCUGUGCGCACUGCCGGCUCAAAACUGGUCUUCGUCGACAUCGAACAAGAUGAUCACGUCGCACAAGCCAUCUGUAAUUUCUCCCAUCUCGACAAGAAUGGAGUACCUCGUGAGCAAUUCAAUGCUUUCAAGCGUGUCGUUCGUCGUGGAGAUUGGUAUACCUUUAUUGGUCAUCCACACAAAGCUCAAGGUGGGGAGGAAAGUAUCCUUGCGACCGAACUGCCUCAACUCAUGUCGCCCUCGCUGCACCAAAUUCCUGCUCAACUUGAUGACGCUGAAACACGCGCCCGUAGACCCCAUGUCGACAUGUUGGUUCAUCGUCAAGCUGUGCAGACACUCAGGAUAAGAUCGGCUAUCGAGCGUGGCAUUUCUACCUUCUUCGAUAAGCAAGGAUACUCGAAGGUUAGCACGCCUCUGCUGACUGCUGGAGCUGGUGGCGCUGUAGCCAGACCUUUCGAAACUGUUGCUACGGAGAUGCAAGACACCACUCUCAACCUUCGCAUCGCCCCAGAGCUGUGGCUGAAGCGCUUGGUUGUUGGUGGCCUGGGCAAGGUCUAUGAGAUCGGACCGGCUUUCCGUAACGAAGGUGUUGAUGCGACACACAACCCCGAGUUUACCAUCUGCGAGUCAUACAUGCCAUUCGCCGAUCUUGAGCAUCUCAUGAAGAUGACCGAAGACCUAUUAUCUGGCUUGCAUGAGCAGUUGCGUGAGCUAGGUGAAGAGCACUUCAAGCACCUCUCUGAUACUGCUAUCAACUUUGAUGCAGGUUCAACUCACCUAUUCCAGGGACCGUUCCCACGUCUUCCCUUCAUCUCCACGAUCGAGAAAGAGAUGGGCAAGAAACUGCCCAACCUCGGCGACGACAACGCAGCACAACAGGUUCUCGACCUCUUUACUGAGAUGAGCAUUCAGGUGCCCGCAAAACCAACACUUCCAAGACUCCUGGAUGCCUUGGCUGGUCAUUACAUCGAGCCACUAUGUACCUACCCGACUUUUAUCACCGAGCACCCUGCUGUUAUGUCACCACUCUCGAAAUCCUACACCUGUCCAACAACCUCCCAACUCAUAUCCGCUCGAGCCGAACUGUUCAUUCGCGGCAGCGAAUACGCCAACAUGUACGAGGAGGAGAACUCACCGUUUGCACAACGUGAGAAGUUUGUGGAACAACUCAAAUACCGCGAAGUCGAUGGUGAAGGUGAUGGUAGGGCUGAGGUGGAUGAGAGUUACCUCGAAGCUCUUGAGUGGGGAUUGCCUCCUACUGGUGGCUGGGGUAUGGGCAUUGAUCGUCUGGUCAUGCUCUUCACUGGCCAGAAACGUAUUGGAGAUGUCUUGCCCUUUGGCACUCUGAGGAAUGUUGUCGGUCUUGCUGCCAGACAAACGUGAUGAGUCUCUUCGUAUUUACCUUGCUCUUACUUCGUAUGAUACCCCUCCGCUUCUCUCCUCGAGCUUGAGUUCUCAUUAUCGCAACCUCACGAUAUAUUUUACUCCUUUACUCUAAGUCAUGCACUUGAUCAGCUUGA